AUGGUUGCUGGAGGAUAUGGCGGUGGCGGAUACGCAGCUAAUUGGUAUCGAAAUGAAGUUGAUAAUGGCUCAGGGAGCGGAGGCGGCCAAACAUGUGUCAAAUUUGAGAAGAACGAUCUCUGGCAUCGCGUUAUUGUAAGCGGCGGCGGUGGUGGCUCAGACAAUAGUGCUAGCGUGAAUACUGAGUUUCGAGGUCCAGAUGAUGGCUCAGGAGGUUCAGGAGGAGGAAUUAUUUCGCAAGGUUAUUGGGUAGAUGGAAAAUAUAAUGGCGAAAGAUUGGCAAAUUCUUCUUUUGGCUUCAGUUUUGGAUAUGGAGAAUCUGCACGACAAUAUUCAUCAUUACAUGAGCACGGUGUUAAAUCUGCGGAUGGUACAAGUGACCGUCCAGGUGCAGGAGCUGGUUGGUUUGGCGGUUUUGCAGGAUUGAAUAGAAAUGGAGGUUCAGGAGGAGGAAGUUCAUGGGCACUAACUAAAGCAUUAGAUUACCCCAGUGGAAAUAUCACAGUCUACGAUAGUUUUUAUAAAAAUAUUGGUAGUCAACCAUAUGCAUUCAACUCUAGUGAUGGUUAUUUCUUCAAUGAUAUUCGAAACUAUGCUGGUAUUUGGGAAGGCAACGGACAACUCAUUUUAACAAUUCUCGACACUUUGAAAUGUCCCACUUUCUAUUCAUCAUAUAUCCCUUCUUCAAUAUUAUUCACUUUUAUCAUUUUAGGAUUAAACUAA